CUUCAUUUCACAGAGUCAAUCGUGAACAUGGCGUUUCCUGUUGUGCGAAAGGAACCCAUCUACCUGGCCGACGAUGCAGUCUACUCCAAGGACCACUUCCUGGUCCCAAAUCACUACGUAAACUACGUGGAAAGCGUGUUGAUCCCGCAAGGGUUGAUUAGCGACCGUGUAGAGAAGCUGGCCCAGGACAUUCGUGCUGCGUACGAGGGCCAAACGAUCCACUUGUUGUGCGUGUUGAAGGGCGGCAGUGCGUUCUUCCACGCUUUGAUCGACAAGCUCCGUCUGUUCCACAAAUACAACACGUGCGACUACGUGCCGUUCACGUUUGACUUCAUCAAAGUCAAGUCGUACGACGGGUUGCAUUCCACCGGCAAUGUUCAAGUGAGCGGUGCCGACUUGACCAAGUUCAAGGGCAAACAUCUGCUGCUCGUCGAAGACAUCAUCGACACAGGCAAGACCAUGGCCAAGCUGGUGCCGUACCUCCAAGAGUCCGACCCAGCGAGUGUCAAGGUGGCCAGCCUGCUGGAGAAGCGCAACGUCGAGUCCUGCGGCUUCCUCGGGGACUUUGUCGGGUUCUCCAUCCCCGACAAGUUUGUCAUUGGCUGCUGCUUGGACUACAACGAGAUCUUCCGAGAUUUGGACCACAUUUGCAUCAUCAACGACGCUGGGAUUGCGAAAUGGGCGAACUAUUAAAGACCUUCCGCAUCAUCUAUAAUAGCCUAGUUAGCGUGCAACUACCUAACUUUACAUGCAAUCGAGCACUUUGGGUGGUGGUCAAUUCGUUCUAUAUGGGAUUCGUAGCUGGCGUUAUGGCGACGAGGUCGGCUUGAACUGCGCUGGUGUCCACGUCUUCACCGUAAGCCCAUGCAUACCACCGAUCUCUUCCUUGAUCACCUCGUUCACCAACCGAUGCUGUGCCACCCGCGACUUGCCCUCGAACGCCGCCGACACCACCUCGAUCUUGUACAUGGAGCCGCAACCGCCGGAAAUGUCAUCCACUUGGACGUGGGUGGCAUCAAGGGCCUUCAGAAGCGACAUACGCAUAGCAUCUUCCGCCGUCGUCGCAAAGGAACGGACGGCUGCGAGAGUUGGGACACGACCAACAACAGCACGGCGCAACAUCAUGUAAACGAACCAAUUCGGGGUGGGUGAACGGAACACUGCCUGGAUGUUGGGUGCGCCACUGUGCAUUAUCCGGAUCGCAUGGAUGCACGUGGAAGACUG